AAAUUGCAGAAGUACAUUGUUUCAACAAGGAAUACCAUCUUUCCAGACCUUUUUCUUGGACAGAGAAACGAAUAGGAUGGAUGGCUGAACGAAACAGCUGGCUUCACCAAAAUCGAAAGGAGGAUCUGGUUGGGACUGCGACUCCUUUCGAAAGGAAGUGGGGCAGAGAGGGCGAGCGGGAGAUAUAUUCCGCCGUGAGGGCGACCCCUACAAAUCUAUCACAAAGCGAUAGAUAUAACAGAUUUGUAUUAGCGAAUUCCAAACGGUCACGGCCGAAUAGUGCGGCCAUAUAAAAUCAUCGCAGAAGCGAGAUCACAUAGAGGUAAUUGUUUGCAUGCUAGACCAUAUAACUCAUCGCUCAAAUCGAAAACCAAAUUCGGCCAUCAUUGCGGCGAGGCUACAACACACACUAGGCAAGACAAUAGAACUAGACAAAACUAAACUAAACUACUCCGAGAAGGGAACCGCAGCACGGCACAAUCCGAUGGACGGAUAGGAGAACUCAGGCAAAGGCAACCAUUGUGACACUGCACAAACGGGAUCAGCAAAAUCCACAAGUCAAACAAAGCAGCGGAGCUGCAAACAUUUUUUAGAUCUGAAAAAUUCCAAUGGGGCAACCACCAAAACAUAGUGGCCCAGGCGGUGGAACCGUCAGAUUUGCUCGCCCAAGGCAAUGCAAUACUCGACCAAUGUGGCGCUGCAACAAAUCUGAGAGCAGAGGCAGCGCAUCUUAAGAAAAAGUCGAACAGGGAAUCAUUAUACCGAAUCAGUUUGCAGAACUGGCUUCAACCCACCAACAGCCCCAAUCAAGGAAGAAACCUUGAGAAGGACAGAACCCGAAUCUGGGUAGGAGGUGUGAAGCCAUGAACAACCGAACACAACGGUGGGAAGGGGAAAGGGUGUGGCCGGAGCACAGAGAUUCAGAGAGAAUGUCGUUUUCAUUUUUGGAUCCGAGGUCGGCGAUUUUGACCCGGAACACAUCGAAUCAGAUCAGCACUGGACCAAGUGGCAUGCCGCGAAGCCUUGGCCUCCGGUGACCACGCAACAUUAUUCGUCACCGGACAUGGCAGGAGGAUGACGGUGGUCGGUGGAGGUAACAAAAUGUAGAAACACUGAGAGAUGAGGAAAAGGAGGCGGCAGAGCAGAUGGGAGGAGAGGGCUGAGGGAAGAACGGAAAGAAAGGAAGGAGAAAAGGAAGGAGAAAGGGGUGGGCUGCCACCGGCCCCAAGCCAUAGCACAUGGCAGUUUGAGGUUCGGGUUUGUUUGUGAGGGUAAGGGGCGAGAUGGAGUCUAUCUGGUUUAAUAGUAAAGCUAAUGCUACGACAUAUUUUAAUGGCACCUUUACGUAAAAGUAAUCGGAAUCAAAAUGCAAAAUUGAAUUCCGAUUACGGAUAUUCCAUUUGUUACCAAAUAUUAGAAAAUCAAUUGGUGGGACCACGCGAAUUGAGAAUCCAACUCCAAAAUUCCUACAUUUAAGUAGGAAUUGAAUUUUGGGUUGUUGGGGGAAUCGGAAUGGAUGAACUUACCGCCCGCCGUAUGCCUAGAGCGUGCGAGUGUGAAAUUGGGGCGCUGCCGCUUAAGCGCUUACCGACCGAGUUUUGAAGUUUUCUCAAGAUUGGUGGUCUUCUGCAUCAUCUUUCUGAUUUUCUGGGGGUCCAUUACUGCCCACUCACAGCCCCUUUACCCUCCUCUCAUUAAUUCCCUGAUUCCUCCACCUUCUUCUCCAAAGAAACAAAGAUUUCAAAGAACAUAUUCUUUGCUUUUCGUUUCAGGCUGCCCAUCAGGUCCCUUCUUUACAGUCCCUCUUGCUUUUUUUGUUUUGUUAUUCGCCCACGGAAUGAAAAGUUUUUGGAGCUCCAGAAAGGCCAAGGCAGUGUCCUUUAUUCUCUGGUUUCUAUUUGUUCUCUGGUUUCUGAAAAUUUGAAUUCUUUUAUUCUGGUGGGUGAAUUUAAGAAAAAAAACUUAAGAGAUGGAACGUGGGGUUCUUGAUAAUAUAAUUAAUAGGCUCCUUGAAGUGAGAGGCAAACCAGGGAAGCAAGUGCAGCUUCAGGAGAGUGAGAUCAAGCAGCUUUGUGCCGUCUCCAAGGAUAAUUUUCUGAGGCAGUCUAAUCUUUUGGAGCUUGAUGCUCCUAUCAAGAUUUGUGGUGGUAUUCAUGGCCAGUAUUCAGAUCUUCUGAGUCUUUUUGAGUAUGGUGGAUGGCCCUCUCACUCCAACUAUCUGUUUUUAGGGGAUUAUGUAGAUCAUGGGAAGCAAAGCCUAGAAACAAUAUGCCUUCUCCUUGCAUAUAAAAUAAAGUAUCCUCAGCAUUUUUUCCUUCUGAGGGGUAACCAUGAAUGUGCUUCAAUAAACAGAAUAUAUGGCUUUUAUGAUGAGUGUAAACAAAGAUUCAAUGUCAGACUUUGGAAAGAGUUGACAGAUUGUUUCAACUGCCUUCCCGUGGCAGCUCCCCUUGAAGACAAAAUACUCUGCAUGCAUGGUGGAUUAUCACCCGAGUUAAACAAUUUAAAUCAGAUCAACACUUUAAGGCGACCUACUGAUGUCCCAGAUAGUGGUUUGCUAUGUGAUCUCCAGUGGUCUGAUCCUAGCAAAGACAUUGAAGGUUGGGGACUAAAUGAUAGGGGAAUUUCCUUUACCUUCGGUGCUGAUAGGGUAACAGAGUUUCUACAGAAGCAUGAUCUAGAUUUGACUUGUCGAGCUCACCAGGUUGUCAAAGAUGGAUAUGACUUCUUUGCGGAUAUGAAACUUGUGACAAUAUUUUCAGCACCUAAUUACUGUGGUGAGUUUGACAAUGAUGGGGCAAUGAUGAGUGUCGAUGAGUCUCUCAAGCGCUCUUUCCAGAAAUUUAAGCCUGAUAAGAAGCCAAAUUAGCUUUGGGAGUAGAGCUGCAGGUCAGCCGGUACUCCAUUGAAAGUCAAGUCGUUUCUUGGUGCAAUGGUGUAAGGUAUUGCGAUGGGAGAUUUCUGAAGAAAGCACCUCCCUUAGUUCGGAAAGACGUAACGUGCCAGUUUAACUGUUUUAAGUCCUCUAAUUUCUUUCAAUACAAAAACACAAAUUCGAAACUUCUUUCAGCUACAGAGUGCAGAAGAUCUUCCCAGGAACAUAUGCAAUGCCCUUGUAUGCAGUGGAGACUAAUACUACAAAACCCACUCUAUGAAAGAGCAAUGGGCAAAAAGUUGGAAAAAGAGUGAGUUUUUUCUUUUUGUGUUUUUGGGUGGGUUGUUUGAGUCUUGCUUUUCAUGUAAAAUAAUAGUUGUAAGACUCAGUCGACAGAUGAGUACAUUAAAAUUACUCAAAGAACGAAAUAGUGCCUGUCCUUAGAAGGUCUUAUGAGCACUAAAUGAUAGAUGAGGUUAUGGUGUGAUACAACCACGAAUUGUGCCCAUGAUAGACUCGGAUCUAACACCACGUGCACUAUGGCUGUUGUGGAUUAUAAAAUGACCACGACCAAUGCCCGUUAUAAAAGAAUUUUCA